UUUCCAGGAAAUUCAAGCAGAGACUGUUGAAAUAACCUGUCUUGGAUUGCAGGUAACAAGUAACAAAACCAGAGCUGAAUUCUGACUCAGGAGAAAGGAGUGGGAUUAAUAGAGGAAAAGCAUUUGAGAGGAGUGGAGCAAAGUCGACAGUAGGAGGCAGGGGCAAAGGGGAUGAGGUGGGAGCAAAGAUGAUACCAGGCACACUGAUCAGAGGCCCCUGACCCGGUCCUUGGCACCCACCAGUAGCUCUGGUGCCCCCAGAGCUUCCUGGUCCAUUCUCCCUGGGACAUUCCCUCAAGCUUUUGGUUCUGAACAAAAGGGACAUGGGGGGUCCUCCAUUCAAGAUGAGGGGAGCUUGGACUCACCUUAGGGAGCUUCUCAGAAGCUGGAUGCUUAGAGAGCAGAUAUGGACCCAGAGCCUGGAUGAGGCCAACAUGCUUCAGCAGAAGAGAAUCCAGGAGUCUCCACUACUCAAGGCAGCCAAGGAGAAUGACCUCUGCACCCUCAAGAAGCUGGUUCUGGAUGGGCCUUGUGAUAUUCAUCAAAGAGGGGCCCUGGGGGAGACUGCACUACAUAUUGCUGCCUUCUAUGACAACCUGGAGGCAGCCAAGUUGCUGAUGGAGGUUGCUCCCGAACUGGUGAAUGAACCAAUAACCUCUGAGUUUUAUGCAGGCCAGACAGCUCUUCACAUGGCUGUUGUGAACCAGAAUACAAACUUGGUGAGGGCCCUGCUGGCCUGUGGUGCCAGUGUUUCUGCUCGAGCCACUGGAAGGGCCUUUCGUCAAAACAAACUCUUCUACUUUGGGGAGCACCCUUUGUCCUUUGCUGCUUGUGUGGGGAAUGAGGAGAUCGUCAGACUACUCAUUGAGUUUGGAGCUGACCUCAGGGCCCAGGAUUACUUGGGAAACACAGUGCUGCACAUCCUAACCAUGCAACCCGGCAAAAACUUUGCCUGCCAGAUGUACAACGUAUUGCUAUCCUAUGAUGGGAAUGGGAGUCAUCUGCAGCCACUUGAGCUCAUCUCCAACCACCAGGGCCUCACCCCCUUCAAGUUAGCUGGUGUGGAAGGCAACACUGUGAUGUUUCAGCAUCUGAUGCAAAAGCGCAAGUAUAUCCAAUGGACAUGUGGUCCAUUGACCUCCACGCUGUAUGAUCUCACGGACAUUGAUUCCUGGGGAGAGGAAAUGUCCUUCCUGGAGCUUGUUGUAUCCACCAAGAAGCGUCAGGUCCGCCAGAUCCUAGAGCAGACCCCUGUGAAGCAACUGGUGAGCCUCAAGUGGAACAGGUUUGGGAGACGCUACUUCUACAUUCUGGGUGCCACGUAUGUUCUCUACAUGGUGUGCUUCACCAUGUGCUGUAUCUACCGUCCUCUCAAGCCUCGGAGCAACAAUCAAACCAGCUCACGAGACAUUAAUGUCCGCCAGGAAAAAUGUCUUCAGGAAUCAUACGUGACCUAUGAGGAUCAUGUUCGGCUGGUUGGGGAGCUGGUGUCUGUCAUUGGGGCUGUGGCCAUUUUACUCUCAGAGAUUCCAGACAUCUUCAGAAUUGGGUUCACUCGAUAUUUUGGACACACCAUCCUUGGAGGACCUUUCCAUGUCAUCAUCAUCAUCUAUGCCUGCUUGGUGCUAGUGACCAUGGUGAUGCGGCUCACCAGCACAUCUGGGGAGGUGGUGCCUAUGUCUUUUGCCCUGGUGCUUGGCUGGUGCAAUGUUAUGUACUUCGCCCGAGGAUUCCAGAUGCUGGGCCCCUUCACCAUUAUGAUCCAGAAGAUGUUUUUUGGGGAUCUGUUACGAUUUUGCUGGCUGAUGGCUGUGGUUAUCCUGGGUUUUGCCUCUGCGUUUUAUAUCAUCUUUCAGACAGAGAACCCACGGCAGCUGGGCCAUUUCUUCAGUUAUCCUAUGUCAUUAUUCACCACCUUUGAGCUCUUCCUUACAAUCAUUGAUGGCCCUGCCAACUAUGAUGUGGAUCUGCCCUUCAUGUACAGUGUGGUCUACUUUGCCUUUGCCAUCAUUGCCGUCCUCCUGAUGCUCAACCUCUUCAUUGCCAUGAUGGGUGAUACUCACUGGCGGGUGGCCCAUGAACGGGAUGAGCUCUGGAGAGCCCAGGUUGUGGCCACCACAGUAAUGUUGGAGAGGAAGCUACCACGAUGCCUAUGGCCUCGCUCAGGGAUCUGCGGGAAAGAGUUUGGGCUUGGAGAUCGCUGGUUCUUGAGAGUUGAAGACCUCCAGGAUCACAACCCUCUUCGUGUGCUCCGAUAUGUGGAAGCCUUCAAGUCCUCUGACCAAGAUGAAUCAGAACAAGAACAUUUAUCUGAGAAGCUACAAUCCAGGAGGAGGAGGAAAAUGGUGGGGAAGGCCUCAUUAGUAGCCCCCACACCCUCCUUAUCCCGAACUACAUCUCAAAGCAGCUCCAGUCACUGGGGCUGGGAGGUCCUUCGAAGAAACACCUUGGGCCAUGUGAACCAUGGUCUGGAUUUGAGAGAUGGGGAUGAGGAAGAGAAAGUCUACCAUGUAUGACUCAGAAACACUUGACUCUCGGCCUUUUGACAGAGAACACUUGGGACUGGAGGAAAAAUAACAUUUAUCUCAAUGUGACUAAUCCUGAUUCCCAAGUAACCAGAGGAAUGUGGGUCAUUCCAGUUCAUUCAAUAAUUUAUCCCUCUCUGACAAUGAAGAGUGCUGGUCAUUCUGUCCACAAGUCCUUAUGCCCUAGGCAAUGGAGUAAGGGUUGAGUCAAAUGCCCUUUAACUUCAAAUUCAUCAUCUCAGAAGAAGAAGAGGAUGAAACUAAAGUUUGGGGUUAUCCAUGAUGAAGGGAACUCCAACAAUGUCUUGGACAGUUGCUUUCUCCUUCUAGACUUCCUCCCAUUAGCCACUCUUGGGCUCUGAUGGAAGACGGAAGUAAAAUAAAUCAGCUAGGUUCCAUGGAACUGAAUGUGAGCAGAGCCAGGCAUAGAGUUUCAGCUCUUCCACUUCUUCCUUAUACUUCUCCAUACCCCCAUCAAGCACAGAUACACCAUCCUUCUGUCUUUUAAUAAGGCUUCUGAUUUAUGCAGAAUUGGGAAGGAGCAGUCCCUUUUCUACACACAUCAGCAUUUCAGAAGUGAGAAUGAGUACUUGUAUCUUUACAUAUUAUGUGUAUACAGAAAAAUGUGGUCUCUAUCACUUCCUCCUGGCUAGCUCAUCCCCCACAUAUCUUAUACUAAUACUCUUUAUGGACUGUACCUUUUUGAGAAGGCAGACAGUUUCUACACCUGGAAUGUGGCAUUACUAUUAAUAUACUCUAUAUCUUCCCAUCUUCACUUCCUAUUUUGCUUCCUUAUGAAGGCAAAAUGGCUCUAGUGUCAUGUGAAUAUCCUAUAAUGCUCCUAGAACAACAGCCCUUCACUUCCCUUUUGCUCCAUACCAGGGAUUUAGUUCUGAGAAUGGAACAAAGAUAGAACCAUCCAAGGAAAUGGGGGUGGAGAGGGAGUCUGGUUUUGGUGCAGGGAAUGAGGGCCUCCUUUCUUAAGGAACUCACAAUCCUAGCCAUAGAGAGACAUCUAUUCAUGUAGACACAUAUACAAAGUCGAGCACCUUAGAGUCAUUACAUUUGCUUAUAUAGGAAGGUGGAUGGAACACUUUCUGAACCCAGCUUACCACUUGUGCUACACAAAAAAAAAAGGCACAAGUUUAAUUUGGGCAAUCCCUUAAGACUUCUGGGAUUAAGACUUACUUGUUCAAUUUA